UCAAAAUGCUUCUCAAAAGUUGUUCUCUCAGCUGAGAUUAGAGGGGUAUUUAUAGGCCUCAAGAGGAUUCAAAUUUUGGGCUCCAAAAUUUGAAUUCUCUUAGGGUUCCCGGUGCUGGAGGUGCCACCGCCCAGCCAGGCGGUGCCACCGCCCAGCCAGGCGGUGCCACCGCCCAGGGCUCGGGUGCUGGACGGUGCAACCGCCCAGCCCAGGAGGUGUCACCGCCCAGCUCUCGGGUGCUGGGCGGUGCCACCGCCUAGGCCAAAUCAGCUCACUGGUUGAGCUCCAAACUUGGCCCAAACCAGUCCGAACUCGGGCCCAAUUAGCCCCUACUUGGGUUAUAGGAUUAACACCUAAUCCUAACUGUAAUUAACAUGAUAACUAUGAAUUUAAAGACAUUUUAUAAGCUAUUACAAAGUCCGUAAGUCAAGACUUCUUCCGGCGAGCUUUCGGCGAACUUCCGACGGUCUUCCGAUAAACUCUCGGAAACCAUUCUGCGGACUCCCGACAAGCUCCUAGACUUCACGAUUUGAUCUUGGUGAGUUCCAACGAGCUUCUUCGGAAAGCUCCGAUCAUUCUCGGUGAGCUCCGCGAACUUCCAACGAACCUUCCGGCGAGCUUCCGAAAAACCAUUCGGCAAGCUCCCUACUCAUUCUUGGCUAGUUUCGGCAGCAUUCCCGACGAACCUUCGGACUUCCAUCGAACUCUCGAACUCGCAAUGAAUCCUUCGUGCUUGACUCCGACACUUUGUUUUGCUUUAUGUCUUCGUCGUUAUCGUAGUUAAUCCUGCACACACAAGCAAAAACUCUACUCCGAUCUAGACAAUUAUUAUAAAGCGAAUUGACAUUCUGUUGCCCGGCACGUCAUUGGUUGGCGCUUCGUCCGAUUCUUCGGCGCAUCAUCCUCUCUUGCGGCUUGUUGCCCAAUCGGCGGUUGACCUCCGCAACGUCGAUAUCCUUGGCACAGUUUCGCUCUCCUUGGCCCGAUGCCCGACGUUCGAAGCGUUCAGCCAUCCAAUAUCCUAACGUGAUCUCUUCCAGCGCAACGUCAAUUCCUCCUGCGUCAACUGUCUAAACCUGAUCGAGUAGACCUGCAUCACUUAAAAUACAGUUAAACAUCUAAACACAAUCAAUUAGUUUCAUCAUCAAAAUCUGAGAUUCAACAGCCUCCAAGACCAUCUACGAGGUUUAGUGAUACUGAACAUGAGCACUGUUACAACUAUUCUUUAAGAUCAAUUUUGAAUUGUAAAGGACAUGAUUUAAUUCUCCAGAGGCUUCAUGCUUUCCUGUUAAAUGAUUAAUGUAAAUUAUUUUCAUAUGCACAAUGAUUGAGAAAGAAGUUUAGGGACUUGGAGGAUCAUUACAAAGUUCAAUUUUAAGCCUAAUGUUCAACUUUUCCUGAUUAGGAAGGGGUAAAAUGCUUGGAAUCAUUUUUUAAAGGGGCUGAUAGAGACAUAGGGUAUAUCAGAGCAUUGAAGAUUAAUGUAUCUCUUGGCUCGUUUCUUGAAACCCAUCAGUUGAGGGAGGUAUCUAAGAAAUUAUUCAGCAAGUAACUAUGAGUUUAAGAAAUAAGGCUGGUUGUGCCAAAGUCUUGAGUUGGGGACAGCGGCUUCAAAUUGCACUGGAUGCUGCACAAGGGCUGGAUUAUUUGCACAAAGGAUGCAAGCCUCCAACAAUCCAUAGAGAUGUCAAGAGCAGCAACAUUCUCUUGAGCGAAGAACUAGAGGUUAAAAUAGGGGACUUUGGGUUAUCCAAAUCUUUCCAUAGCGAUGGGCAAACCUAUGUGUUCACAGGGACAGUGGUUGCACCCCUGGAUAUAAUGAUCCCGAGUACCAUCAAAACUACCAGCUCACCGAGAAGAGUGAUGUGUACAGCUUUGGUGUAGUUCUCCUGGAGCUGAUCACCGGCAGACCUCCGAUCAUGCCCGGUCCAGGAAAUGUUCACAUUGUUAAGUUGAUUGCCACAAGUCUGUCUCGGGGUUGCAUAGAAGAAAUCAUGGAUGAAACUCUGCAAGGAGAAUAUGAUGCCACUUCUGCGUGGAAGAUCCUGGAUCUAGCUCUCAGGUGCACCGCAGAUCCAGGCAGCCAGAGGCCGACGAUGUUUGAAGUAGUGACGCAGCUGAAGAGCUGCUUGAGGCCAGAGAUUGCCUCUGACAGGAGCGAUAUCAUAUAUAUUGAAGGAUUUAACAUGAGCCGAGAAAUUUCGUCUGAGAUGGGGGCGAGCUUGCUGGGACCAACUGUUCCAAGAAUGAGAUGAAACUUAUCGCAGUUGCCUCUGUUCGUGUAUGCUGUGCGCGUUAUGGUAAGAUGUAGUGCAUGGAACUGUCGGUGGCACUCGUACUGCCGCAAAAUAGGAUGUUCCUCCUGGGGAUUUCUGCAUCGGAAUAAAUAUAGAAUUUGGUGUUGUGUAAUCUAUGCACUACUGUAUCUCUUUUAGGCAACAAUGAAACAAUAUGCUGUAAUCUGAAAACCCACCGGACCGCAGAUAUCUCCAUUUUAAUGGAUUAGAACAUCAAUACAUCAUGUAAUAAGUUUGGUCUCUGCACUGUCUCUGUGAUACUGUGCCACAUUUGUGUAUGGUGAAGUUUUGUGUCUACAACAAACUGUUGGAAAA